AUGGGCCGCGGAUCGCUAUGUCUACUGUUUUUCGCCCUGUUUUUCAUGUUGGUGUCAUUGGGCCUGACACUAGCCAGUAUCGUGACAGACUUUUGGUAUACUGUGGACGCCACAGCGGCCACUAACAGAACCGUUCAGACUAUUUUCUCCUAUAACUUUGGCAUGUGGAGGAAAUGUUACACCUACAGCAUUCCAGAUAGUGUACCGGUGGACCGCCGUACCGGUAUGUGUGGUUAUACCUAUCAAGAUCUGAUUCCUGUUAGAGAAGACACCCGAACCUUCGAGGAGAAACGUUACUUACAUUUAGAGAGGUCAUGGCUAGGAUGUAUGAUGGCCUGUGCUGCUGUGCAGGUGUUCGGCGUCCUAACCUUGAUUUGUGGACUCUGGCCUGCCGAUUGUAAAAGCUUGAAGAAGUCCAGUCUUUAUCUGGUAUCCGCCAUCUUGUGUCUGAUUGCAGGUAUGUGUGGGAUAGCAAGCGGAAUCUGUUUUAUUGCCUUGCGGGACAUUGACAUUUUCACGCAUGUUAUUUAUCCAAGUCACGUGACUUACUCUUACGGUUGGUCAUUUGCAUUGGGCUGGGGAGGAACCGGGCUCUGUAUUCUGGAAGGAUUUAUCUUCUUGUGCCUACUGAGGAGUGACUAUAUUAACAUCAACGAGACCCGGAAGUAUAAUUCUUUCGGCUGA